AGAGCACGAAGAAAAGGAGAAAAGGGUGAUUCAAAAAACAAGAAAACUUGAUAGUUUUUUCACAAAUUUAAAAACAGACUCAUCAACAUCAACUACUAUUCUCUCAUUAACUACAAGUACUAUUACUUUAACUACAAGUACUUCAACGAGUUCAACUUGUCAUCCCAAUACUGAAUUAGAUAUUACACCCUAGCCCUAUCAUUUUUUCCGUUUCAACACCUUUAGAAUUAGAGAAAGAAAACCACGUAGGUGAUGCUGGAGAUCUGACUUUCGUAGAUAUAGCUAAAUUUACAGCCCCGAAAUGUCCGGUAUCUCUUGAUAAUAUAACUGUAAAUACCGAUCCUGCCAAAUGGGUAAUAAACGAGACGACAAUAGACCAACUACUUUCGAGAGACAUCGAUCAGAACAUACCUGAAGAUUUUUCUGUCACAAGGAAGUAUUACUCCUCAGUAAGUGGAUAUCGGUCAUUGACAAAACUUGCAUUUGAAAGAAAAAUGAAAAAUGGAAAACUGCACAGAAAAUAUUUAUGCUAUUCUUCGAGUAAAAUGGCACUUUUUUGCAUUCCAUGCCGUUUAUUUGGUAAAGGUAGUUCAAAAUUUGGUACAGAUGGAUAUGAUGAUUGGAAUAAUGUACACAGCGGCCUAACCUCCCAUGAAAAUUCCACAGAGCAUGUUCAAAGCUCUAGCACUUUCUUAAACAGAAGUAAGUUGAAAAAUCGAAUAGAUAAAUGUGCUUCAACGAGUUGUAGCGGUAGUAAAAAAACUUGGUAGUCGAGGACUACCAUUUAGAGGGAAGAAUGAGCAAUUUGGGUCUAAUAAGAAUGGAAAUUUUAUGAUGUGCUUGGAGCUUAUUGCGGAAUUCGAUCCUUUCAUGUCUAAUCAUAUAGAUGCUUAUGGAAAUCCGGGUCGAGGUAAGACAUCCUAUCUGUCUUCUACAAUUUGCGAAGAGUUUAUUUCCUUGAUUGCAAAAAAAGUAUUAAGUGUGAUUAUCGAUGAAUUAAAUCGUAGCAAGUAUUUUUCCAUUGUUGUUGAUUCAACGCCCGAUAUCAGUCACGUGGAUGAACUGUUGUUUGUAAUCAGAUAUGUAAAACGAGAAAUUCAAGAAGAUACGCCAGCCGAAGUUGAACGAUUUUUAAAAUUUAUAUCCAAUAUUGGACAUAAGGCAAAAGACAUGCUAAAUGCAGUUAUAGGUACACUGGAAGAAUUUGGUUUGAAUUUACAGGAUUGCCGUGGUCAAUCUUAUGAUACCGCCGCAAACAUGUCUGGAUGUUACUCAGGGUUAAAAACAAGGAUACAAAACCUAAAUCCAUUAGCAAUUUAUGUACCAUGUGGAGGACAUAGUCUAAACCUCGUUGAAUUGUCCGCAGUUGAUUCUAUCAAAGAAGCGGCAUUUUUUUUUGAUUACUUAGAAGCCAUCUAUGAUUUUUUUGCAAAAUCUACUUAUCGGUGGCAAUUGAUGAAACAGAAAUUGAAACCAAAUCAGAAGGUAGUAAAAAGAGCUACUGGAACUAGGUGGUCUAGUCGUUAUAAUGCAUGUUCUUCUUUUAAAAAUAGUUGGGAAGAAAUUAUGGAAACAUUGAACGAUAUAGAAAAUAAUAAUUCUGAAAAACCCAUAAAUCGUAGAAAAGCUGCAGGUUUAAAAAACAACUUAAGUACCUUUGAGUCGGUCUUCAUGGCCGUAUUUUAGACUUCUCUGUUAGAACGAUUCAAUAAAACAAGCAUAAUUUUACAAUCAACAUCAGUUAACUUGGAACAUGUUGUUGAUCUAUACAAAUCUUUAAUUGGUUAUGUGAGUGAAAUAAGAACUAAUGAAAUGUUCCAAAAAUUCAUUGAUGAAGCAAAAAAAAUUAGAAAAGAAGAAUAUGAAUUAGACAAAAAACGUCGUCUUACGCGAUCCCUUUUAUGCGAUGAACUAGACGAAUGUAGUUCUAGAGCAAAUGAAGCGGUUUUUGACGGUAAAGACAAAUUAAAAACUGUUUAUUUUGUCGUAUUGGAUCAACUCAGAAAACAACUGGAUAUGAGACAUUCUGGGUAUGAAAAUAUUUACGAUAAAUUCAAAUUUUUUAUCAACAUAGACAAGUCGAUUGAUAUUGAUGAUAUUGUCCAAGGAGCCAAAAAACUACAACAAUUUUAUGAAACUGACAUUGAUGAAAACACAUUUACACAAGAAUGCAUACAUUUUAAAACUUAUAUGCAAAAUGCAAUAGAAAAAAAACAACAAAAUCAAAGUCUGUUUACAUUUUUUAGAAAUCAGAAUUUAGAAGAACUAUUUCCGAAUGUUAGCAUCGCUUUAAGAAUAUACUCCUGUAUGGCGGUUACCAACUGUUCGGCAGAAAGAUCGUUUUCGUGUCUUAAAAGAACUAAAACGUAUUUAAGAUCUACUAUUGGUGAAAAUCGGUUAAAUAAUUUGGCUCUCCUGUGCAUUGAAUCGGAAUUAGUGUCGGCAAUUGACUUUCAAGACCUAAUCAAUACAUUCGCUAACCUCAAAAGCCGAUCUAAAAUAAUUUAA